UAAGAAGUCUGCAGACGUAACGCUUCCGCAGUCAGAACAAAAGUGUUGAGGGGCGGGGCCGCUGGUGGUGUGACACGUACGGCGGAAGCGAAGGGACAAACGGAAAGGCGACACCGAGGCUAACAGUCAAGGACCAGGGAUUCAGACAGAAGACGCCCAUAAUCGUAUCCACCAUGGAUUUUCUUGAUCGAAAUAUCAACCUUGAUGCGCUCCUCAAGUUCUCGCACAUCUCCCACUCCACACAGCAGCACUUGAAGCGAGUGUAUAGCAGCUUUGCCCUGUGCAUGCUGGUUGCUGCUGCUGGUGCUUAUGCAAACGUGGUAUUCGGAUUCUUGCAGGGCAACUUCCUGGUCUUUGCAGGCACUCUGGGUACCAUGUUAUGGCUAAUGUUUACUCCUCACAGCUAUGAAACUGAGAAGAAACGCCUGGGAAUUUUAGCCGCUUUUGCCUUCUUCACUGGUUGUGGCUUGGGUCCCAUCUUAAACAUGUGUAUUGCUGUUAACCCCAGCAUCAUUCCUACUGCUUUCUUGGGUACAGCCGUGAUUUUCACCUGCUUCACACUUAGUGCCCUGUACUCAACAAGUCGCAGCUUCCUUUUCCUAGGAGGUUUUCUGAUGUCUGCCCUGAGCCUGCUCACUCUCUCCUCUUUGGUGAAUCUCUUCAUUGGAUCAGCUUUGCUUUUCAAAAUGCACAUGUACAUCGGUCUGCUGGUCAUGUGUGGAUUUGUCCUGUUUGACACUCAGCUCAUUAUCGAUAAAGCCGAGAAGGGAGACAAAGAUUAUGUAUGGCACUGUGUGGAUCUGUUUCUUGAUUUCAUCACCAUCUUCAGGAAACUCAUGAUAAUCUUGGCUAUGAAUGAGAAGGAUAAGAAGAAAGAGCGAAAGUAACUGGACCCCUCAUCGCUGAUGCCACUUUUUGUUUCCAUACUUUCUUCUUUUCGUCCUUCUGUUGGCUUUCUGUUCCAUGGUGUAAUGAAAAGCUCCCUUGUGUAUGUUUCUGUACUACUUCUUUUUUUUUUUUUUUUUCUAUUCCUUCAUUUUUCCCAAUCAUUUUGGCUGUCUUAUGAGAUUUCCUUUUAUUGUUUCUUUUUCUUGUGCUUAAAGCGUCAUGUCAGUUUUAGUUUUUUUUUUUGCCAUGGUGCACAAAAAUUGGAAGAUCACAAAUGACUAUGAAGUUUAUUAGAUGAACACUUGAGCAAGUCUCUUAAGGCAAAAAUCAAGCAGUUUGUGCUGGAAUUUGUGCAUCCUAUGUUGCUCUUGAAAGCAUUUCUAAAUCCCUGUUCUAUCUGAUCUAGGGUUUAACUUGUGGCACACUGAAUACUCCUGAGUUUUGAGCGAGGUGGGUUUAGCUUCUCCAAUUCUGCACUACUUUUAUCUUGAGUGAUUAGCAUUAAGGCAAGUAAGGAUUUUCCAGCAGUGCCACAGACGUGUGACGGAUGUUAUAAUUUUACUGGAAUUUAAUGAUCUCCUCUUGUCUGAGCACAGUUGCCUCUGGGACUCUAGUUUAACCUUAUGCUGUACUGGCUUUCAUUAACCACUUGCACUAACUGUCCAUAACCAGAUAAUUUGGUGCUCCUUCAUAAAAGAACGGACCAGUGGAGGCCCUGUCGCUUGGCUGUACGUGCGCUUGUCUAAAAUCCAAUUGUUCAAACCUGACUUGUAAAAGCUGUGUUUGCUUCCCUGCUGUCUGCCAAAUCUUGUGUUUAUUCAACUAUCAAGUUGCCAUCCUAUGAAGGAAGUAGGAAUGAUUUAAGCACUAUAAAUAUUAGAGCAAAAGAUCUGUACAGUCCCUCCUCCCCUUCACAUCAUUUUCUAUCUAGGCCUUGCCAGGAUCAAGUGUCCUAACAUUGAAGAUCUCAAGACACAAACCCGUUUGUGUCAUCGCUUGUUAUGCAAGAAGGCAAAUUCAGAUUAAACCCCUGCACAAAAAGUAUUGAUAAGGUGUUAAUAUGUGUAGUCUUCUGUUUCGUAGAUGUUCUUUAAAAGUAGUAGAUAAAUAUUUCUGGGAACUGGACUAGAUCUCAAAGCUCCCAAUACUUACCCAGAUCUCUACAUUGUAGCUGAAAUAUGAGUGACCAGUGAAGCUGGGGGGUCACAUGUUGUAAGCGCAGUGUGGUUUUUGGCCUAAGGGUUAAGAAAUAGCACCAAAAAGGCUGAUAGAAACCACAUCUCGUCCACAAAGUGUAAACCCAGCCUCAAAAUUCUGACUUUGCCAUUCUGCUGUAUGAUGAAAUUGGAGAAGAUCUUGCCAAGUUUUUCCUCAGUCCAAUCAGCUAGCUGGUUAUCUGCAGAAUCCAUCUUUGGAGUGUCCGGAAUAGGACUACCUCCCAGGAGCUUUGUCUUCUCAUCUUGUUUUCCAUUGUGCUCAGAUUGAGAAAAUCCUUGUUGGAUAAGGAGGUAGCAUUUGUGUCCGUACAUAAAGUGGCAUCUGUGUUAGCAGCAGUACUACAGUAUGUACGGUACCGUUUGUUGACCGUAUUGUUAACCAGGUAAUCCACUUUUGAUUUAAUUUUAUUUUUUUCUGUCACUUUUUAAUAGUAUAAAAAAAUUUGCAGUUUAAGGUAUGUGGCUUUGUGCAGGAGGUUGGAUUAAAGUGUUACUUCCCUCUGCUGUCUCUACCCAACCUUUUCUCUCACCCCUGCAUGCUUUUAGGGAUAUGGCAAGCAGCUUUAGAAACAGUGCCAAGAAAUACAUUGAAUUAAGUAAAGAAAGAAAAUUCUAUGUGAAAAUGUAUAACAUUUUUUCAAAAUAACUUUAUUUUAUAGUGUAGUGAUUUCUCUGAUUGAAGACAUAACUUUGACUGUGGAACUUUUUGAUUGACAUACAAAACUAUGGGAUUAAUUUGUACAGAUUCUUAAAGUACUAAAAUAAAAAUUAAAGAACACAA